CUUCCUUUGGUCGCGCCUGUUCGCUCCAGCUCGAUUGCGCGGGUCUGGGUUUAUGUGUACAGCGUGGGACAGGCAACAACACGAGCACCGGUAGCCGCUGUUUCCGGUGAGUGGGCCCGGUGCUGUCCGUGUUUGCCGUCUAUUCAGUGAAGUUUCCAUAAUGGGUCGACGUUCCUCAGACUCAGGGGAAGAUACUAGGACCCGUAAAAAAAAGAAGCAUCGUAGACGUUCCUCUUCAAGUAGCUCAUCUGAUGGAAGGAUGCGCAGUCAUAAGAAAUCAGGAAGGAGAUCCAGAUCUCGCUCACGAGAAGCAUAUUCCAGUUCACACUCUUAUGACAAAAGGCGGAGACACCGUUCUAGCAGUGAGUCGUCUUACAAUUCAAGAAGGAAACGUAGCUCCAGCAGGUCUCGAGACCGAGUGAAGUCACGAAAAGUUCAUAGGUCCAGAACAUCAAGAUCCAGAUCAAGACAUCGCCAGAGGUCCCACAGCAGUGAUCACUCCAGUCGAAGAAGAUCUCGCAGCAAGUCUUAUGAUAGGGAGAGAGGAAAAGGAAGAGUGAAGGAAAAGACAAGAGGUAAAGACCGAAGAAAAGAAAAAGAGUCAAGUUCCAAAGUUGGGGACUCGGUAAACAUCAAAGCUGGAUUAGAACAUCUGUCUCCUGCUGAACAGGCCAAAGCAACGCUGCAGAUGGUUCUCCAAGCUGCUGCAAAAGCAGACGAAGUGUUACGAGCGAAAGAAAAGAGUGAAGAGGAAGCCAGAAAGCGUAAAGAAGAAGACCAUGCGCUGCUGUUUGAUCAAGUUAAACGUGUGAAGGAGAUUGAGGCCAUUGAAAGUGAUUCCUUUGUGCCACAAGCAUUCAGAUCAAGUCGGGAUGCCAAAGUGUCAACAGAAACUGGCGACAGCAAGCAUGAAUCGGCCAUAUUAGGUAUGGGAACGUUGGAUUUAUUUGGGGAUGAAAAAGAAGCAGACGUUAGUACUAUGCCGACUGCUAUCAAAUAUCUGGAUGAUAACUCCAUUGCACACCCAAAUCUGUACAUUGAAAAGGCAGAAGCAGAGGAGAAAUGGUACAAGAGGCUAACUUCCCUACGACAAGAACAUCUGAUGGGCAGCCCGGUGGCGUAAUGGUCUAGAUAAAAAUGAAUAAAUGCCGGAAAGUCUAUUGUUUUAUGUAUGCACCAUCAUUCCAUCCUUUUUAAUAAAAUGUAAAAUCUGUGAAAACAUAACAUUUUCUAUCUUAAAUGAGGAAAGGUAAGGCUCCACUAUUAAUACAAAUGGCUGUGUAAGUUUAUAAAUAAAAAAAAGUGGCUCUAUCUCAGUGGCUGUCUUCAAGUAAAGCUCCACGCUUGACUGAUAUUGGCUAUAUAGACAGAAAAUGAAGGAUAUCAUCUUUGUAAAAUAUCACCUGUAUCUCUUUUGCUCUUCUUGUAUCAAUAACGUUAAAGUUUUUUCAGUGUACAAUUGAUGCAAAAUCUGUUACAUGCAGGUGUUGUUGUGGAUUUAAAAUUGAUUGUACCAUUUACAUUGCAUUUGAAAAUUCUGAGCAUGCCUUCAAAUCCACCUGGAAAAAAUACACUUAAAGGGGUACUCUGCCCCUAGACAUCUUAUCUCAUAUUUAAAGGAUAGGGGAUAAGAUGUCUGAUCACCGGGGUCUGGCCACUGGGACCCUCGCGAUCUCCAUGCAGCACCCAGCAUUCUGAACAUUCUGUUCAGAACGCUUGGUGCAGGUGGCCAUGUUCGUGACAUCAAACCACGCCCCCCUUGUGAUGUCACAUCACACCUCCUCCAUAUAUGUCUAUGGAAGGGGGCGUAGUGGCCGUCACGCCCCCACCCUCCUCCCAUAGACAUGAAUGGAGGUGGCGUGGCGGGAUGUCAGGAUCACAGCCGCCCGCACCAAGUGUUCUGAACCGAGCGUGCUAUACUGCACGUACUGAGCCAUUCAGAACCAAAAAAUAAGUGAGAAUAUGUUUUAUUAUGAAGAUGCUAGGGUUUUGGUCAUAAAACCAAUCAACACUAUUAGGCCUCUUUCACACUAUGAAAUAGUUCCGUUUAGGAACUUCCGUCACCAGUUCCGUCACUAUAUCGUCGAAACCCGGCCGUUGCAAAACCCCUGACGGCCGUGACUAAAUUGCAUUGCAGCCUAUGGGAUUUUGUAACUGCCCGUUUGCACCCGUAUAUGCCCGUAAUUCAUUAUGGGUGUUAUAUAGUGAUGGGACAUCGUGGCGGAAAAAUUACUGCAUGCACACUAGCGUAAACACUUUUUGGCAUCUGUUUUACAGCCGCCAGUCCCUGCUUUACCAUUGGUCUUAUGGAUUUUAUUUCCACCUUAACUAACAUACUUUGUUUCCAUGGAAGAAUAAAACUUUGUCUAUUUGAAAUAUUAUCACAAAUAUUAAGCAUAUUCUCUUUCUGCCUGUUGUGUAGACACAACAGAUAUAUCAGUUAAAGGGAACUGACAACAAGGUCUCCCAUACUACUGGUUCUGGGUGAUAGUGUGGGAGAUGCCAAUCAUGUGUGUUUAUUUUUUAUUUUUUUAGGUAAUAUGCAUGAAAAUAGUAAUAUGCAAAGUAGUAUGUUAAUGCCCUGUGGGUCUUCACUAGCCCCUAAUAAAUAACUCUUUCCAGAAGAUUUCACAGCACAUAGCAGCUACGUCACUACUGAGGAAGGUUUUGUAUAUUUAUUAGGAGGUGUUCUUACUCGACCUGCAGGGUGGGAUUUGUCCAUCUCCUAAAUGGCCUAAUGUUUGUGAAAAAUAAAAGAACUAUUGUGAUGAGCAUCCUCUGCAUUAUCAUCCAUCAGGUUAGUCUGGGUAAUCCUACUGUUAGUUUCCCUUUAAAGGUCUUAACAGAAUCAUUGCUGAUAACCGUUGUCCUUCAAUGCACUCGUUUGUAUCUAAAAUUAUGGAACUUAUGCCAAAUUACAAAUGUGUUAGAUCACUAAAGCUUAACAGUGGUAACAUAUUACCAUAUGUCAACAGCUCAAGAAGUCUUCUAACCACUAUCAUGUGUGGGACUAUGCUGGAAUAUAUUACGACAAGUGUCUGAACAGAUGUUAUGACCCCACAUAUGUAAGCCAGCCUCCAUGGGAAAUCUUGUAGCUGUGUGCCUGCCAUGAUCAUUGCUUGGUAAUACUUUCUAAAAACUAGUUUACUGAAAACCUGCUGAGAUCUGCUCCAGUAUGAGAAAUUGGGAAUCUUGAACAUUGUUCUGGGGAUUUGACUUGAUUUGUUGUACGAAGCUACAUUACCCACAAAAGACACGAACUGUCUUACACGGACUAAAACGUAAUAUAGAAAAUAUUUGACACCAGGACAUUUGGAUGGAAAAACAAGUGGGAGAAGGUAAAAUGCAUUCUAUAAAACGUAAUACAAAUGAAUAGAAAUGCAACCUGUUUCAGACAGACACGGGAUAUGUUAUUUGGGGGUUUUACUAUGAAUGUCAUGGGAAGUUUUUUUUUUUUUCAUA